GCUUCGCUUAGAAAUUACGAGAAACGGCGUGCUGCGUGUGUUAUCAAAUCUCCUCUCUUCUUUAGUCGACGCAUACUUUCCUAAUUUCUUCCUUUUAUUUUUUUAUUUAAAUAACCCAACUUCAGAACAUCAUGAAUUGUUAAUUAUACCCUCAAUUUUCCCCCCUUUUACAAACCCUAACCCUCAAUUCUUCUUCCUUUAUAAAUUCCGCCUUCUCCAAUUUUCUCAUCUACUUCCACUUUCUCUCUCCUCUUUUCUAAGUAUCCUUUGUUUCCGCCAUUGUUGGGUUUUUUUUUUUGCUUCAAUUUGAGCAAUAAUCCAGAAGAAUAGCUAGAUUUCUGCAAAAAAACAACAAUUGGAAGAUUAAAUUGGUUGUGAAUGGUGGAAAUCUUAAGUAAAAAUUACAUGCGAUCUUCCCCCUUCCUCUUUACAAGGGGGAUCUUCGUUCAUUCAUUGUCAUCUUCUUCCGCUUUCGCUUUCGGUUCUUGCAUGGAAGGCUGGUACUACCGCUGCCUCGGCCUUGACCCUUAAAUAUUCUACAUUGUUUCAAUUUUCCAGAAAAAUUUUCUGGGUUAUUAUUUUUACAAUUCAAUCAUUCGAUCUGGAAAUUUUGAAUUAUUGUUUUUGAUUUUCGGGAAGAAAUUUUGUGUUUUUUUGGGGUUACAAAUCAAUUCUUCGAUCUGAGAAUUUUGAAUUAUUAUUUGGAGAAAAAAAAAUCGGAAAAAUAUGUUGCUAAGCAAGCAAAAAAAGGCAAAGGGAAACAGGGUGUUGAUUACGGUGAAUGUUCUAGGAAGUGCUGGACCUUUAAGAUUUGUCGUGAAUGAAGGCGAGCUUGUUGCUGCUGUUAUUGAUAUGGCGUUGAAAUCUUAUGCUCGUGAAGGUCGUCUUCCUGUUCUUGGUUCUAAUCUUAAUGAUUUCCUCCUUCAUUGCCCUUCUGCUGGAUCUGAUGCUUUAAGUCCACUUGAGACAAUUGGAGCUCAUGGUACCCGGAAUUUUCUUCUGUGCAAGAAGCCACAGCCCGAGAAAACUGCAAAUGUUGAGGUCGGUGCUGAGUCUGCUUCCAAUAUAACAAGAAGGGGAAACGGAAGCUGGAAGUCAUGGAUCAAUAAGACCAUUAUUCUUAAAAUUGCAUCGCAUUGAAGAUGGAAUUAUUCGUCUCUGAGAUUACAUUACCUCUGUGUUCAGAGAUUUCAUUAUCCCCGUUGCUUAUGAUUAUCAAACUCUUUUCAUAAGUUGAAUAGCUAGGGAAACGAUUUAUAUAUAUUUGUUUACUUAAAAAGCUAUAGAUUGGUUUCAUGUUUUGUUUCUUCUUCUUUUUUUCAAGUCAUAUGAACUUAUAGAGUUUCUCCUGUCCCUAUUGUGAUCUUUGAGAAUUCAAUAAAGUUGUUUCCUAUACAGUUUCUCUUAA